AUGAAUGGGUCACUUAUCAAACGACAGAAAGUUAUUGUUGUGAAAGUGGAAAUAAGCGAUGACAAGACAAAGCGAAGGGUGCUCAAGGCGGUUUCCAACCUUUUAGGCAUUGCGUCAAUGGCAGCCGACCCAAAAGAGAACAAGAUUACAGUGAUUGGAACGGCUGACCCGGUUGAGAUUGUUGGGAAAGUAAGAAAGGUUUGGCCCUCCGCUUACAUUAUUAGCGUUGGGCCAAAGAAAGAAGAACCGAAGAAAGUAGAGCCGAAGAAACAAGAGCCUCAACCCAAAGUCGAGCAGAUUGAUUGGGCUAAGGCUUACCCAACCUUUCAUUCGUACCCUAUAACUCAUUACUAUCAUCUAUAUCGAGAAGAAGACAACCCAAAUGCAUGUGUUAUCUUCUGA